AAAGUUACGAAGUAGUAUUAAGAUUAAAGACCAUAUAAUCCUCCCAUAAAACACGCAAAUGCUGGAUAUUAGCUUGCUUUUUUAUACUAGUCAUGUUUUUCCCACUAACCCAACCCCCUUUUUUGAAAAAACACAUGAUCAUCAAAUAAAACACAAAGACUUUUCUCUUCUUCUUCUUCCUCCCCUGUUUUCUUCUCCUCAACCACAAAAAUAAUCCAGAAAAUAAAAAAAAAUUAAAGAAAUUUUCAUGGCUGCUGAAUUUGAUAAUGGAAGAUCAUCGUCAUCAUCAUAUGUGCAGAGUAGGGAUAAUAAUAAUAAUAAUAAUAAUUUGCAGCUUGAUUUUUACCAUGGGGGUAAAAAUACGUGGAACGAGGGAAGAAGUUACAGUUUAGAUCAUCAGAACACUGGUAAUGAUAAUAAUGUUUUUGAGAAUAAGCUGAAGAAGUCGAAAACCAUAUCGAAUUCGAAGGUUUGGUGUUUUAGUGAUCCAGAAUUCAAGAGGAAGAAAAGGGUUGCAAGUUAUAGAGCUUAUACUGUUGAAGGUAAAGUCAAAGGCUCUUUUAAGAAGAGCUUCAAUUGGAUUAAGGACAAAUUGCUCUAUGGAUUUUGGUAACUUUUUUUAUAAUUAAUUUAAUUUUGGUUGUUUUUUUUUGUUGAUGUUGUUGUAAGUUCUUAAUCUUUGUCAUUUUAAUCUAGAUUGAGGGUUGUUUGCCUAUAUAAUGCAAAGAUUUGUGUGUUUUAUUUCUAUGUUUUUCUUUUACAUCACUUUGUAAAAUUUAAACAAUCAUUCAUUAUACAUAUAAAAUAUAUAAUUAGCCAUUUUAA